AAGCUCGGGGGGUGAUUAGGCUUUCCGUGGAUCGACAAUGCACUCGACCAAGCCAGCACUGAUACUGCUCGUUCUGGCCAUUGGCGCCAGCUGCGUGGUGGCCACCCCUCGGCCAGGCCUCCUCGACGGCGUCUGGCAGGAGCUGGGCCACGCUGGCCAGACCAUCGUCAACGGUCUGGUUGAGGCCGCCACGAACGGAUCAGAGAUUGCCGGCGAUUUCUUUGGCCAGGUGAAGAACUCCACCUCCGAGUACCUGGAGCAGUCGGCGCAUUACGCCCAGAAGAUCGCCGAUGCCCUGCACAAUGCCGUUAUCCAGAGUCUGGGCGACUUCUCCGACGCUGUUAAGGAUGCCGCCGCUGCUCUGCAACGCGGCAUCAGUUCCUUGGCCGAUAAGGCCAAGCGCCAGGCCCUUCAAGAUGCCCUGAGAACCGUGCUGGCCCUUCAGAAUGCCACCUCGGAUCUGGAGUCUACUCUGGACAACAUCACUGCCCAGCUGGAGGAGCAGAAGCAGAAGCACGCAAAGGAGAUCGAUGUUGCCUGGAAUCAAUGGGCCGAGGCCCAGUUGGAUCGCGUCGAUGAGCAGACCAACGGCCAGGGCAACGACGAUGCCGAGGAUGUCCUCAACGAGUUCCAGAACCGCUACUCCGGCUACAUCCACGACUGCCUCCAGCAUCUGCAGAUCCACGUGGCCCUCUACGAGCAGAGCGUCCACCAGACCGUCUCCGGAUACCACAACGCCACCGACGAGCUGAUCGUCCAGAUCCAGCUGUGCCUGGAGUCCAACUCCGGACGCGGCACCUGCCGUCGUAACAUCAACAAGGCCGUGCACAAGCUGCAAGCGGCUCCUAGGGAUCUGCGCAGCCUGAAGCUGAAGGGUCUCGGCCUCCUGGCCGUCGGUCUGGAUGCCAGCGGCUGUGUGGGCCAGACCCUGGCCGAGCACGAACUGGAGAAGGGCAGUGUGGAGCGCAAGCUGAACGAAAUCAUCAAACGCAAUCAGGCAUCAGGAACCACUGAAGCUGAUGAGACCACAGCCGACGACUCUGAGUCAGAAGAGGACUAGGAGCACUCCAAGAUGAAGAUCACAAAAAUCGCGACACUAUAUUAGCCUAGUUAUAUUUUACUUUAUUCGGUGUGGGGUUAAAAGGGAGUAGAAUAAAAAAUCUUUUUUCAAUGCAACAAA